GCAGAGUAAAACUAUCACAAAAUCAUCAUGCAGUCUUCCACUUUCCUGAUGGCCAUCUUGGUGGUUUCCCUCCUGAUGCUGAUCAGCACUCCGGCAACUGAGGCCACCUUCUUCCUAAUUGCCUGCAUGUUGCGGUCACCUUUUUGCCCCUGGAUUACCACCACAACCGCUUCCACCGCCUCUAACAACGAUUAGAAAUUUGGACUCUCCAUUGCCGUAAACAUAUAUAUUGUAUUUGGAAAAUGAAAACAAAUAAACCAUUUUAGUCGCAUUAGAGUAC